AUGGCCUUUUUGUCCCAACGGUCUAGCUGGCUUCCGUGCCUCAGAAUUCGCCCGGAGCUGCGGUGGGAGAAGGGAAGUUUUGCCCUCCGGAACGCACGCGAGCCGUCCGUCACUGGAUUGCUCGCCAACCUAAUUUCACAUCACCCCCCCGUUGCUGGUUCGACUUGGAUAACCCUUUUUUCGCUCAUUACGACUUGCACGAAACACGAUACCAAAAAACCACCAUUCAUUUUUACUUUUGCAAUGCUUUCAUUAAAGACGACAGUUUUGGCGCUUCUGGCUGCCACCGCCACGGCCAUGCCCGCCACGGUCCGCCUCACCCCGCGCCAGAUGCAAUACCACACCCUCGCCAAGCGUCAGCAAGAGGAGGCCGCAGCCGCCGGCCUGAGCGACUUUGACAUUCUCCAAUUCGCUCUGACCCUGGAAAACCUCGAAGAGUCCUUUUACCGCCAAGGCUUCGCCAAGUUCCCGGCCUCCGACUUUGCCGCGCUCGGUCUCGACGAGCAGGCCAUUUCGGACCUGCAGCAGAUUGGCAAGACCGAGGCCGAGCACGUCGGCCUGCUGCAGUCGUCGCUCGCGCAGGGCGGCGUGCAGCCCGUGCAGGCGUGCGAGUACGAGUUUGGCUUCACCGACGCCGCCGCCAUGGUCCAGACGGCCGCCGUGCUCGAGAACAUUGGCGUCUCGGCGUACCUCGGCGCCGCACCGCUGCUCUCCGACAAGGCCAUCCUCGGCACCGCCGGCUCCAUCCUCACCAUCGAGGCCCGCCACCAGUCCGCCAUCCGCGUCUUCUCCAAGCAGGUCGCCGUGCCCCAGGCCUUUGACGCGCCCCUCGGGCCCCGCGCCGUCUUCUCCCUCGCCGCCCCCUUCAUCAAGUCCUGCCCCGAGGGCUCCAACCUCAAGAUUGAAGCCUUUCCCAAGCUCGCCAUGGAGCCUGGCAGCGCCACCGAAGGGGCAGGCGGCAACGGAACCCGCAGCGCCGCCGGCGAGAGCGGAGGCAAGAGCGGCGUCCUCUCCGUCGGCUCCAACUUUCGCGUCCAGGCCGAUGCCGCCACGAGCGCCGGCGCCACCAACUGCGCCUUCACGUCCGGCGGCGUCUUUCCCGGCGGCACCGCCUUUUCCAAGUUUUCCCAGACAGAAGGCUGCCAGGUGCCCCAGGGCGUUGCUGGCAUCACCUACGUGACCCUCACCAAGGGCGCGCCGCUGACUGGAGCUAUUUCUGACGACCUCAUUGUCGCCGGGCCCAUGGCCGUGGUCGUCUCGUAA